AUGAAAGUUCGACACCGGAGGGGUUGUUCGGGGCUGGCCAGUCGGUCUACAAAAGACCAACCCCUAAAAAUUGGGCCAACGUCCGUACACUCAAAAUGGUGGAUGUACACAAAAGAAGUGACGUUCAAAACGACUCUGCAAUCUUUCCACGGCAAUGGCCGAUUGCAACCUAACCCCGUCAGAACGAACGGUUCGUAUCGUUUUUUUCAAUCACGAGAUAAUCGCGUGUUGAUGAAGUAUGGAACCGAACGAUUGCACCAGAAUCGUCCGCCCGCUACUGUCACUAAUUCCUCAAUGUUCUUUUCUGCGGGGUCUAAUGCCAGCUGGAGGCUAUGCGGCUGCCAAAGCCAGGAUAUAAUGCGCGGAAGAGCAGGGGGAGGACGGUGGCGGAGGGUGGAAAACGAAGGAAGCCGCGUAGCACACGCAGAGAGAGAGAGAGAGAGGCCGGCGGCCGAAGAGAAAUUUUACAGCGCGACAAUCCACAAGGUACGAGAAAAUAAUUGCAAGUUCCGUCAGCGACGAGCUGCGAGGGUGGUUCUGGGAGGCGGAAGGGGGAGUGCAGGGUGGUAG